AUGUCUAGAGUUAAUAAGCGUGAUGUGAUGGCCUAUGUCUUUUUAGAUAAUGAAUGCUUAGAUAGUUUAGUACUAGGUUCAGUGGCAACUUAAGCUCUAAAGCAGAAUAAGCAAGAGAAUUAACAAUCACAUCUAAAUCCCCAAGCUUAAUCUCAAAUUAGGGCUAAGAAAGUCAGAAUAUCACUGUUUGACUCAAGGAAAAAACUGCAGAUAAUUUUGAAAAAGAUUGGUGCUGAGGAUAAAAAUAGAUUUGGAUCAAUUAGAUUUUCGCUUAAAAAACUUUGCCAAGGGAUUGGAAAUACUUACAUGCAUUGGGUUACUUUAUUCGAUGAUCUUGAGGAUGACAUGUAUGAUGGCUAACUUGGAGAAGAUGACUAUGAAUAACCGAGAAUAUUGAUUGAAUAUACCAUAAUUGGAGGCUAAUAUACAAGUGUUAUGAAUAAUAUGGACAAAAUAAAAAGUGAUAUUGAUCAUAAAUUCAAACAAUAGCAAAGAAGUAAACACUAAGAGAUUUAGUAGCAUGAUGAAGAAGCAGGUGGUGGAGCAAUUGAAGAUAUAGAGGAUGAGGAGACAGCUGAGUAUUAGAUUUAAGGAAAGAAUAAGAGAGGUAAAAAGAACUAAUAGUCUCAAUAGCAAUUGAAAGAAGAUAAGAAUAGCUCUAAAACAAAUGACUUCACUCUAACAGUAGAAUAUGUUGAAUCAAGAUAAGAUAAACUUAAGGGAAGAAAUUUAUUUCAUGGAAAAAUUGUGAACAACAUUAUGAUAAGCAAUCUUAACUAGGUAGACAGCUAAAAAUUGAAGAAAUUGGAAAUGGAAAAGGAUGAGGAGAUAACUAAAUUGAUUUAGCUUUGCGAGAAAUUUGAUGUCAGAAGAUUCAAAAGCAAAUUAACUGAGUCAUUAACUAAGGCUCUCGAAGACUUAGAGAUCUAAUUCAGACAGUGUGACGACAAAGAAACUGUCUUAAUCAGUUUUGUGGACAAAUUAAUUGAGGAUCAUAAGAGAGCACUGAGUACAGAGUCCACAGAUGUUUACCUACUUUCGUUGUCAAAUUAUAGAAAUCAUCUUAAGGAACUUGAAUAGAGAGAUGUAGGCAAUCUUAAAAAGUAACUGGCAGAUAUGAAGAGAAUAAUGAAUGAUCUUUUGAUAGACUUAGAAAGUGAAAAUACAAUAGAAGCAAGUCUUUUGUAAUAAAAGGAGGACUUGUGGGAUUAGGUUGACCCUAGAAUAGUUGAGCUCAGAAGAGAAUGCUUGCUAUUAGUCUAAGAAAUAGAAGAAAUAAAGGCAGACUACACAGACAACGAUAAUAGAGCUCACCCAAUAACUAAAAAGCAUUACUAAGAGGAAGAGUCAAUUAUGGAUGAUGAGGAGUAAUCAUUCAAUUAAGAGCAAGGAUCCACCUAAAAUUAGUCAUACGACAGGCCUUAAAAACAGUUUGUAUCUUAUCUGACUAAAGAAGAGAGAAAAGCCAUUGCCAAAGAGAUGUUCGAAGGAUGUGACGAUCUAUUCUAAAAGCAUAUGAAAACAAUUAAUGAGAUGUUUUCAAAGUCAAAAAAUAUUCAAAAGCAGAGAGAAGUUUUAUUGAAAGAAUUGGCAAGUGCUUAGUAAAAUUUAAGAGACUAAGAGUUAAUCAACAUGAGAACGAUGGAAAAUAUAGAUGAAUAAAUAGAUCGCAUCUUUGAAUUGAAACAGCACAUUGAAUAUAUCAAGAAAGAUUUGAUUAGCACUAGAAAGAGACAACUUGGAUAUCUGGCUCAGCUAUUUGAACUUUAUAAGUCAAAAGAUGCUGAAAUCGAGAGACUGUAGCUAUCAUUAUACAUGACUGUGAAGGAAAAAGAAAUUCUUGAUAAAAGAAGAGAUGAUAGCUUCAACUAAUUACUUGAGCUUUUGGUAGAAAGAAGAAGAAUUCUUAGUCAAGUUCAAGAUUACUCAGGAAUGAUGGGCAUGUAGUAUGAUAUGAAGGCCCAAGCAAAUUCAACUAGAAUGCAAGCUCAUGAAAUGGCUGAGAACUCAAUGCAGAUUUGGAGCUCAAAGUUAAGCAUAGUAAAGUCAGCCCUAGAUCCAGCCUAAAAAAGAGAGCAAGAGUAUAAACUUCAACAAAUGAUCAGAGAGUUGGAAAUCAAGUAAAAGUCACUGCUUAAACUGAUCUAGACUAGAGACUCAAAAGACGCAAAACAUAAAAUAAAUCAGAAGAAGUACGAAGUACAUGGUAAAUUAGGAGAAUCACUUGAGCUGUUAGUGCUGCUGAUCAAAGAGGCCAAGGAGGAUAGGGAUGAAAUAAAGGAUAAACUUAAAGAAACCCGAGGCGAAAUGGAUGAUAUAGACAGACAAAUUAGACACUAAGAACAAAAACUUGACAAAAGCAGACGAGAGUAUCAAUAGACAGAGGACAGGUUAGUAAAAGUCAACAAAGAUUUCAGUAAAGUAGAUCCUAGGAAGAAUCAGUAGCAUAAUAAUCCUGAUUCUCUAAUAGACAAAGACAUAAUUGAGGCUCGCAGAUAAAUCAGAGAAAAAGAUGAGAGACUCAGGUAAUCCCUUAGAAACAUAAUUAGUGAAGAUGAAAAUUAUGAGUAGAUUGAUAUACUCCUAUCAAGAGAAAUAAAGAAAUCAGGCAUAUAAGGUAAUAUCUAUGAAAAAAUCCAAGGGGAUGUCUUUAAAUUCAUCAAUGCAUCUGAUUAAAAGCGAAGACUUGUCCAGAUACAGGUUAAUAGUGCAGGUAGUCUGGAAGUUCAAUAUCUGGUGGCUGAUAGCAUGGGAAGAAAAUCUAUGAAAAAGUUUGGAUUCUCUGAAUUCUUAAGAAAUAUGUCCUAUUGA